UGUAAACAUUGUAUAAUCAUCAAUUCAAUUAAUUAAAUUAUGAAUUAUGAAUAGCCGUACGGUUGGAAUCGUGUUAUUUGGCCUAUGUCAAUGUUUUUUUCUUAUUUUUCAUGUUCGAUGCCAAAUAAUAUUGGCCCAAAGCCAAUUGAAUCUGGAUGGCCAUGAUCGAUUCCUGUUAUUAUUAAAUUCGACAACCACCGUGCCUUUCAUAUGGGUUAAAUUGAGUUUAUCGUUUUCAAAAAAUUUCAAUCACAUUGUCCAUGAAAAUGAAAUUCGUUCAGAAAAACCAAUCGAUGAAUGGACAUUACCAUACGUAUAUCGGCCACAAGCAUCAAACAAAAUUAAAUCGUCAGGUCCAUUUGGAUUUCAAUUACGAUUUGAUUCGAUAUACAUGAAACUAGUGUUUCAACAACCGAAACAUGUCGAAGUUAUUAAAGAAUUCCAAAUCGCUAAAAAUUGGGGCCUUGGCUUCUUUCAAACCGAUAAGCCAAUUUAUCGACAUUCUGAAUUGGUCAGAUUUCGUUUGCUUCGCUUUAGUGAAACGACAUUAACACCUAAAAAUGAUAAUUGCCAAUUGACCAUUAAGAAUCAACAAAACAUUAAAAUGGAAAUGGCUAAUCUAACCUGUACAGCACCGGACUAUUUUGCACAAUAUUCAUACAAAUUGCCAACACUUGCAAGUAAUGGUCAAUGGAAAGCUGAUGUUGAAUGCUCUGAGCAUAAAUUUAAUGAUCGUUUAACAUUUGAGGUACGUGAUUAUGUUGCAUCUAGAUUUCGAAUCGACAUCGAUACGCCUCGCGUACAUUUAUGUUCAUCACCAGACGAACCGUUCAUCAUAAAAUUAAAGGCAACAUAUACUUAUGGUAAGCCAGUUAAUGGAUAUGCUCACUUCAAGAUAUCGAUCAAAUCACCAUUUAAGAAUCGAGGUGGUUUUGAGCAAAAAAGUCAGGUGGCAUGUUUGGAUCAAACAUCUGGCACGUUACGGCAAUCAAUAAAAUUAGCAUCAAAUUUUUGCGAAUAUCAACCAUUGCCACAACGGUUGGUGAUAGAAGCAAUCGUUACCGAUUUGGCAACCAAUCAAAAGGACAUUGCAACAAGUGAUCAAACGAUUUUGGCCAAUUUUCCAUAUCUUAUCUGGACACGUUUCACAAGUCUAGUAUAUCGACCACAGUUAGCCAACUAUCUGGCCUUUGAAUUGACCGAUCAUGACAAUAAUCCAAUAUCUAAUGUACCGAUACAAAUUCAGAUGACCGAUUCGAAUGAUCAUAAUAUUCGGCCAUACGUUAUAACCGGUGAUGGUAAUGAUGGUAAUCACAAUGUCAUUCGAACCGAUUCAAAUGGAUUGGUCAUAUUUACGUUUAAACUGGACAAGUUUGUCGGCCUUUUACAGGUUCGCAUAAGUAGUCAAGAUCCAAAAUAUAGACAAGAACAACAAACAAUCAAACAAUUGUCGCUUUUUCCAUUUGAUUAUGUGGACCAGAACAAAGAAGAUCACCGGCAACCGGUUAUUCUCAUAUCGAAUAAGAAACAAAUGUGGUAUACAGCCGGUCAACAUUAUCGAUCGUCAAUCGUUCAUAAUGGUCCCAUUGAUGUUGAUCGAAUUUAUUUGAUCAUCAUGAGACAUAAAUCCAUCAUUCAAUUUAGCCGUAUUGCUUCAUCAUCGCUAGCCAUCGAUAUUCGAUUGACCAAUCAAAUGACGCCAUCAAUCCGAUUGCUCGUCUUGGCAUUCACUCGAUCCACUCUUCAUCAUGAAAGUCGCUUAGUAGCAGAUUUCUAUCGAAUACUUGUACGACAAAAUGAUUGUGGUGUAAAGGUUAAACUCAACGAUAACAACCUUGAGCCUGGUCAGAAUGUGACUCUUACAUUUAAUGGCCAUUUAGGCGAUGUUGUAGCUUUGGCUGCUAUCGAUGAAUCUAUAGAGAUAUUGGCCUCAAAGAAUAUAUCUUCAUCUUCAUUGAAACGAGACAAAUCUUUACAGAGCAUUUACAGACGAUUCAUACCAGAUUUUGACCUGACCACAUCAAAACCAUAUUAUGCAUCGGCUGAUUCGAUUUCAUUGAUCGAAAAUUUCGGUUUGCGAAUCCUUACACCAUUGGCACAAUCAUCGACAGCACGUAAUGGCCGAAAUCGACGUUCUGUUCAAUUAGAAUGUAAUCGGUUUGAUAAACAUCCAUGCUGUCAACUUGCCCGUAGUAAAUUCCGAACAUGGAUGUCAUGUGACCAAAAAGUGGCCAUACUCAAGAAUCAAUUAAAUCAGGCUGCUGCUACUAAUACUGACUGUAUACAGGCUUUUUCCGCCUGCUGUGAAUGUUCAAAAGAUGAGCAAAUGUUUCAGAAAUUCUUUUCGCCCACACAAACUUUUUUUCCAACUUUUUAUGAAACGCGAACUAUUCCUAUUUCUCCUAUGGCACUAUUCAAUGAUUAUGAUGAUGAUGAUCAAAACCAAGCAAUUAGACGUCAUGAUUUUCGUGAUUCUUGGCUAUUUAAUGUAUGGCCAAUAAACCAAAGCUCGCAAACAAUAUCAAUGGCUGUUCCACAUUCUAUUACUUCAUGGAUCAUAUCGUCCGUAUCCAUUUCGAAUCAAGAUGGUUUUUGUGUUGAAUCACCUAAUCAACGAUUAACCGUAUACAAACCAUUUUUCAUACAAGUUUCAAUGCCAGCAACAAUUGUUCAAUUUGAAAAAACAGAAAUAUCUGCCACUGUAUACAAUUACCACAAUAAAUCAUUAAGUACAAUUGUUCAUUUUUAUCAUGUGGAUGGUCUUUGUUCUGAUGCAUAUAGAUCGUUGGACAAAGCACAUCAAGAAGUGAUGAUAAGGGCCAAUGGAAGUGAGACAUUGAUUUUUCCCAUAAUUGCCAUUCGUAUUGGUCAAUUUCGUCUUCGAAUACGGGCCAAAUCGGGCAAUUGGAUGGAUUAUGUGGAGAAAGAUUUAAUCGUAUUGCCACCCGGUGAAACAAUGGAAUAUUCUCAUUCAAGUUAUUUAGAUCCAACCAAUCGAUCGAAACGUAAUGAACCAUCAAAACGAGAUAUUAAUGAAAUGACUGAAAUGAUCGAUGAGAUAUAUCCAGAACGACAAUAUCAAAAAAUUAACAUAUCAUUUCAUCCUGGUAAUAAUGAUAACAUUGUUCCCGAAACGAUUCAUCACCGAUUGUCGUUGAUUGGACGUCGAUUUGAACCGCAACUAAAAUCUCCAGAAGAACUUUCUCAUUUAAUACGAAGACGAAAAAGUUGUGGUGAACAAACGGCAUUUUUUAUGGCAUUCAAUUUGCAUACGUUGCAUUAUCUACAAGAAACCGGUCGAUUGAAUCGAACAUUACGUAAACGUGGCGUUCGACUUCUGAAACGAUCAUUGGCCGAUCUCAUUAGCUAUAGAAAACCAAUGGAUGGAUCAUUUGCGGCAUUCAUUAAUCGAGAAUCAUCUGUUUGGCUUACUGCAUUCGUAGCCAAUUUGCUUUGUCAAUCAGAACAAUUUCUUGGUGGUGAAUUUGAUGCCAAUUUGCUAUCCAAAUCGUUGAAUUGGAUCAUGAGACAACAAUCAAUUUCAGGUAGUUGGUCCGAAUCGACACAUAUUCAUCAUCGUCAUGCUGAUGGUGGCAGUAAUAGUGAUGACGAUACGCUCACCGCAUUCAUAUUGAUUUCCUUACAUAAAUGUGAUUCAUUCAUGAAAAUGAAUAAUUUUAGCGACACAAUACAGACUAAUUGGUCGAUAGAUUAUGCAAAGGCCAAUCGAGAAGGCUCUCAGUAUCUGUUGGAUAAAAUUUCUCGAACCGAUCAUUCAUACAAAAUAGCCAUCAUUUUGUAUUCGUUACUAUUAUCACCACCAUCAUUGUCAUCACCGAAUAUUGAUGGCAACCAAUGGAUGAAGCGUUUAUUACUACAUCCGGAUCGUCAUCAAGAUGGAAAACUUAAUCACAUGUAUUACGAUGCAGGACCAUUGUCUGUUGAAACCAGUGCCUAUGCUCUAUUGGCUUUAGGAUGUUUGUCCGAAGGUUACAUUGAAGAACGUCACAUGUUGGCUAAUUGGCUUUCGGCCCGUCCAUUAUAUGGUCCGGUCGAGAAAACACAAGAUACAUUGCUUACAUUGAUAGCUUUGUCUGAUUAUUAUCGUUCAUUGUGGUUUUUGUUAUCAUUUGAAAACGAAAAUAGUAUUUACUAUCAACUACAGGCAAAUAUUUCGUUUGGUCAUCGAUCAUCCGGUCAUCGUGAACGACGUUCAAUCCAAUUCCGGUCAGAUUCAAUUGAUCGAUUGCAUACGAUAGAUAUGGAUGGUCAAUAUGUAGAUCAUAUCGAAAUAGAAACCAUGGGUAAUGGUGUUGGCCGAUUCGAAUUGCUAACCAUUUAUAAUGUUUAUGACCCAACACGUGUGGAAUCGGAAUGUCAUUAUGAACUGAAUGUACAACUAUUCGAAUACGAUAUUUAUCAUCAUCAUGAAAAAAAAGAUGAAAGCGAUUUCACUGAUUCAUCCUUUUUCAGUGAUGAAUUGCAACAAUCACUGCAAAUCGAACAGCUACCUAAAUCAUUACAACAUAUGCAAUUUGAAAAAAUGAAAAAUAUUUGUCAGUCUAAAUUGCCUCCAAAAACAAUUAAAAAUGAUCACGAUGGCAAAAGUGGUGCUCGUAUAAAAAAGUGGCAAUGUGAACAGAAUUUUCAAAAUUCUCCAUUACCAACAAUACUUGGUCCGAUUGAGAAUCCGAUCAUCAAAAUAAUACGUGUUUGUACCGUGAGAAGGCACUCUGAUUCUCAUGUGAUCAUUAAUGAUAAAAUGGCCAUUCUUGAGUUGAGCAUUCUGAGUGGCUAUCGGGUAAUUGAAGAAGAUCUUGCCACAUUAAUAAAUGGUUCCACAACGAUUCAUUGGUAUGAAGUUGCCGGAUCUAAAGUUACAUUCUAUUUACGGCAAGUGCCUGAAACCUAUAGAUUAUGUCUUUGUUUCCGAAUCUAUCAACAGAAUCCUGUCGAAUACAUUCAAUCGGCUUUGGUUAAGAUCUAUAAUUAUGGUCAACAAGGAUCGGAUUGUCAACAAAUGUAUACGGAUACUAAUAUCAAACGAUUUCUUAACUAUACCUGUAAUGAUAAUUAUUGCCAAUGUUUGAUUGAAAAUCGUUGUACACGUUUUGAUCUAUUUCAACGUAUUGAACAUGAAUACUAUGAAAAUUCAUUACGUGGAUUUGAAAUGUUCAAAACGAUUGCUUGUACAUAUCGAUUUGUAUUAAAAGCUACCGUACGAUUUCAGCACUCAUUGAAUACUAGCAAUGGCAAUACAAGUCUUACAUUGACCAUUGUUGAUGAUUCAUUACAAAUCAUACGAAAACCGGAUGGAUAUAAACCCGAAUUAUUAUCCGGUUUACUAUUACGUUUUGAGGAUCCAUGUCAUCAUCUUUCUAUUGAUAGCCGAAUCCUUCAACUAGCUAAUUGGCCAACUUUAAUACGAUUUAAAGCUUGGAUCAUGUUUAAUGAGAUAAUUUUUAUUCAAUCCUCAUCUCCAUCAUCAUUAGUACGAAUGGAUGGCCAGACAUUGUGGCAUAUGAUUGACAUUGACGAAUAUUGGCGAAUGUCUGAUGAUCUAAUCGCAAUGCUUGACAAUGAAGGCCAAUUACAAUGCCAUUGAUUUGCCAGAAAAAAAAAAAAAAAAACAAUGAAACAAAACCUCUUGUUGUGUCCAUUUUCUUGGAAUUAAAUCAACAUCAAUCAUAAAUAGAUGUAUUAUAGUUUGCCUUAACAUUAA